GUUUUCUUCAUUGCGGAGCAUACAUAUACGCCGUCUCGCCCUGGCGCGGAUCUUGAAUUUUGGCUGGCCCAGCAUCAAGCUCCGAUUGUUUUAAAUUGUUCCUUCACCUACCUACCUACUAUCAUUCACGAUCUACGAAGUGCCUUUUAGUUGCGACCGUCUCCCGCUAUCCGUCUCCCCGUCCUCCGCCCCUCUCUUUGGCCAACCUACUCAACCCUCCUUCCCCUCCUCCCAAGGGUCCUCACGAGACAACUAUUUCAUCAUCAUAUCCUCCGCAUCUCUGCGACCAGCCUACAGAUUUUGAAAGAAUUGCCCGAAGCCAACCAGGCUUGUCCUGUCGUCACCAACUGCUUCGCCUGAGGGUAGCCGAGGCCACGCUAGCGGGCGAGUAGCGGGCGCUGCGGUACCAAGGCACAACUUCGGCCUGCCGCCGCGUGUUGAACUCAACCAAUUCUUCAUUCAGCGCGAUGGAAAGCACACAGGCCAAGGAGGAUAUGGCAGUGUCCGCAUCCCCGUCCUUUACGUCGAUCUUUGGUGGUUCAGCCGAGGCCGUGGAGGAGAUCGAUGCCGAUGCCGCGCAUAGUCAACUGCAGCCCCACAGCCACAGCAACGUAACAGCAACUUCGGCGAAGCUGGUGGGCAAAAGUGUCGCCCCUUUCCUCGCCAAACACGUCCCCGACCAAUACGCCCCCUUGGGAUCGCAAAAUCGAGAUCCUGCCGAACUGAGCAGCGCCAAUUCCCGCUAUUGCUAUCGACAUAGGCCAGACCGCAAGUGUCGACGGCAGGCCGACGAACCUUCCAUGGACAAAUUGCAGCGGGAGUUGGAAUCGCUCCCUCAGAGCGACCAGCAGGGCAUUGCGCAUGUCUGGUCGCUCUUCUCCGCCGCUCCAGCGAAGCACCGAAAACUCAUACUUCAGGGGAUCAUGGCCCAAUGCUGCUUCCCUCAGCUCUCGUUCAUCUCUACCACUGUUCGCGACCUGAUCCGAAUUGAUUUCAUUGCCGCCCUUCCCCCAGAGAUCUCAUUCAAAAUUCUUUGCUACCUGGACACCACCUCGCUUUGCAAAGCCGCGCAGGUUUCGCGACGUUGGCGGGCUUUGGCGGAUGAUGAUGUGGUUUGGCAUCGGAUGUGUGAGCAGCACAUUCACCGCAAGUGCAAGAAAUGUGGCUGGGGCCUUCCUCUUCUAGACCGUAAGAGGUUACGCGAAUCCAAGCGCGAGAUCGAACUACGCGCCUCAACAUGGGACAUGAAAGGACCGUCACCGAGCCCGACUCCUGCGCUCACCGAGGGUGCGUCGCCCGCGAUCGAGAGCUCGACCGGCGCCAAGCGGAAGCCUGAGCCAAGCGACGAGGAAACUACCAUGAUCAAGCGCCAGUGUCAGUCACUAGGUUGGCGCUCGGAUGCCAGCGAGGAUUAUUUUAAAACCCGGUACAGACCUUGGAAAGAGGUAUACAAAGAUCGUUUCAAAGUGGGCACGAACUGGAAGUAUGGCCGCUGCUCCAUCCAAACAUUCAAGGGUCACACCAAUGGCGUGAUGUGUCUGCAGUUUGAGGACAAUAUCCUGGCCACCGGAUCCUAUGAUGCCACGAUCAAGAUUUGGGACACCGAAACGGGGCAAGAGCUCCGCACUCUUCGGGGACACGAGUCGGGAAUCCGCUGCCUGCAGUUUGACGACACCAAGUUGAUUAGCGGCAGUAUGGAUCGCAGUCUGAAGGUGUGGAACUGGCGCACUGGCGAGUGUAUCUCGACUUAUACUGGUCACCGUGGUGGUGUGAUCGGGCUGCAUUUCGACGCUAGCAUUCUUGCUUCCGCGUCGGUUGACAAGACCGUAAAGAUCUGGAACUUUGAGGACAAGUCGACAUGUCUCUUGCGCGGCCACACUGACUGGGUCAACGCUGUCCGGGUGGAUACGGCCUCUCGCACAGUGUUUUCGGCCUCGGACGACUGUACCGCUCGGCUCUGGGAUUUGGAGACCAAGACCUGCAUCCGGACGUUCCAUGGGCAUGUGGGACAGGUUCAACAAGUGAUUCCUCUGCCCCGGGAGUUUGAAUUUGAAGACCAUGAUGUGGAGUGUGAGAAUGACAACCUCAGUACGGUUUCGGGUGAUACCGAGCCUCCCUCUCUCCAGGCAACACUUGGUCUGGAGUCGAACGCGGUGAUGUCUCAAAACUCGCCUUUCGGUCCAUCAUUCGAGGCCGGUCGCCCGUCACCCCCUCGCUACAUUGUGACCAGUGCGUUGGACUCGACGAUCCGCCUGUGGGAGACUAGCACCGGCCGAUGCUUGCGUACAUUCUUUGGCCACCUGGAGGGGGUCUGGGCCCUGGGGGCAGAUACGCUCCGUAUUGUGUCUGGCGCCGAAGAUCGGAUGGUCAAGAUCUGGGAUCCCCGGACCGGAAAGUGUGAGCGGACGUUUACGGGACAUUCCGGGCCUGUGACGUGCAUUGGGCUUGGUGACAGUCGGUUUGCUACUGGAAGCGAGGACUGCGAAGUGCGCAUGUACAGCUUCCAGAGUUAGAAAUGGUUCGCUCUAAAACUGCUGGCCUGUUUAAUGUGUUUCUCAUGAUGGAUAUCCUUUAAUAGCGAGUUUUCUUUUGGGCUGGGAGGGUCAUGAAUGGCAUGGUGUUGAUCGGGUAUUAUGGGUUGUCUGGUGUUGUGAGUUGAAAACUGUACUUUAAAACAGAAUACUAAUUUGCCUC